GGCGGUGAGGUGCAAGAAUUGAAGCAACACCCACCUGGGCUGGAUGUAAAAGGGCCAGGAGGGAAGGGGGUUGCCACACUCAGUGGCUUGGCCUUCCCAGCUGCAGCCUCAGCCCAACACCAUGACUUCCUCCUGCAUCAGCUCAUCCCACUGUCUGGGCAGCACCAGGACUUUUAGAGCCAGAAAUGUCUCCGUGUGCUCCAGUGAUGUUGGGGACCAGCCUGGGGCUGAGGUCAAGGCUGCCUCCCUGUGCCUCUCAGCCACCCAGGCACAUGCCAACCGAGUCUGUGUGGGGACGACCCCUCUGGGCCGACCCAGCCUCUGUCUGCCCCACAGCUGCAACGCUGCUUGCCCCUUGCCAGGGACCUGUGACAUUCCUGGCAACAUUGGCACCUGUGGGACCUAUGGCGAAGGCACCAUGAAUAGCCAUGAGAAGGUGACCAUGCAGUUCCUGAACAACUGCCUGGCCAACUACCUGGAGAAGGUGCGCCAGCUGGAGCGGGACAACGCGGAGCUGGAGACCAAGAUCCUAGAGUUGAGCAAAUGCCAUGAGUCCAGCGUGUGCCUGGACUACCAGAACUAUUUCUGGACCAUGGAGGAGCUCCAGCAGAAGAUCCUGUGCAGCAAGGCUGAGAACGCCAGGCUGAUUAUCCAAAUUGACAAUGCCAAACUGGCUGCCGACCACUUUAGAAUCAAGCACGAGAGUGAGCGCGCCCUGCGCCAGCUGGUGGAGUCGGACAUGUGCGGGAUGCACAAGCUUCUGGACGACCUGAGCCUGGCCAAGGCCGACCUGGAGGCCCAGCAGGAGUCCCUGAAGGAGGAGCUGCUCUGCCUGAAGAGCAAUCACGAGCAGGAAGUGAGCAGUCUGAAGAGUCAGCUGGGGGACAAGCUCCGGAUUGAGCUGGACACUGAGCCCCCCGUGGACCUGGGCAGGGUGCUGGGGGAGGUGCGGUGCCAGUACGAGGCCAUGGUGGAGACCAACCGCCGCGAUGUGGAGCAGUGGUUCCAAGCUCAGUCUGAAGGCAUCAGCCUGCAGGCCACAUCCUGCUCCGAGGAGCUUCGGUGCUGCCAGUCAGAGAUCCUGGAGCUGAGACGCACCGUGAACGCCCUGGAGGUGGAGCGCCAAGCCCAGCACAACCUGAAGGACGGUCUGCAGAACUCCCUGUGUGAGGCCGAGGCCCGCUACGGCACCGAGCUGGCCCAGAUUCAGAGCCUGAUCAGCAACGUGGAGGAGCAGCUGUCCGAGAUCCGGGCGGACCUGGAGCGGCAGAACCAGGAGUACCAGGUGCUGCUGGACGUCAAGGCCCGGCUGGAGGGCGAGAUCGCCAUGUACCGGAACCUUCUGGAGAGCGAGGACUGCAAACUCCCCUGCAACCCCCGCUCUACACCUGCCUGCUGCGCCCUUCGUCCACGGUGCGGGCCGCCCUCCACCGGUGGAGCCAGUGCUGAGAGCUGAUUCUGCAAGUCUGAGUCCUGUGCGGGAGGUUGACGCUGGUUGCACUGGGGCUAGGAUUGCCCUCACCUUACUUGGUCUUCUUUCCAGGAAGCCAUUUUCACUGAAUCAAAGGGUAGCAGAUCUUCCAAGCAGUGGCUUCCUAUUUGUGCCUUAAGCUGAUUUUUUUUUUUUGCAAUGUUACAAUUAUCUUCCACUUAAGCUGCUAUUUUUUCCCCAGUGUCUCUUCUGGGAUUUUGGUUCUAUUCCAGUGCUUCAAAAUCUCCUAAAAUGUAAUUGGGCUCCUGUAUUAAAUGGUCAAUAAAUCUCCUUCCUGUAUCAAGUGCUAUCCUUCCUGUGUGUGGCAGUGUCUGUGGGGUGCCUGGUCCUCAAGCCCUCAGGUGGUCAUUGGCCCUGAUGUGUUGCUGCCGGGAUCUCUCUGGGGCACUGGGGUCUUAGCCUCUGGAUGAUGUGUCCUUGCCUUGCCCAUCGAUCCCUAGAGACUAGGAAAGGAAACCACGCUGGUUGCCAAGUUUGAAUUCCUUCGGAACACCUCGGAACCAACAUGCCCCUACCGUGCUUUUGGCAUCUUCAGUCUUCUGGUAUUUUGUCCAACAGCAAAACUGCACAACUCAGAGUUCCAAUCUAGUCAGAGGGAGGUUGUGUUGAGAACCGCCUUGGCCAAGUUACCAAGUUUUUUCUCUUAUUCAGAUUGGCCCCUUCAUGGAGGCACAGUAUUCCCACCUGCUUUUAGAGAUGGAGGCUCAGAUUGGGCCCUGGGGACAGUUGUCUUGGUCCUGGCCCUCUUCCGGGAUGGAAUUUUCUCUAGAGAGACACUGCCACUGAUGUGCAUGCUUGUCUCCUCUGCUGCUGCCUUCCAAGUGCUGGUAGAGGGGACUGCAGUUGUCAUGAGAGCUCUGGGUGCCUCCCUGCCUCUUGGACGUGGCUCUGACACAGGCCAAGGUGGUUCACAGCCAGACCUGGUGGAAGAGUGGAAGGGGAACAAGACCCGGGCUGUGUUCCUUCCAUGCUGUGCUGGUCAAUGCACAAUGUGGCUUUUGGCAAGUGCUGAGUGUGUCUAGAAGAGUGAAGCUCUCAGAUCUCAGCUUGCCCAUGUACCCUGGUCCAUAGACCAAUGCAAAGCCGGUCCUUCUUCGUGGAGCAUAGUAUGGUGGAAAGAGCAUGUGCACCGGACUCAGGCAGACCUGGGCUCAAAUCCCACCUCUGUGACACGAGCUGAGUGAAGACGCUCUCUUAAGACCUAUUCCUCAGCUGUAAAAUUAGAAUACCUGUAUUUCCCUCUCACUGUUGUUGAGGGACAAUCUACAAAAUAUUCCUGGCACAUAGAAGAUGCUCAAUGGAUAUCGGUUUAUGGGGCUCCCUGGGAACCAGC